GGGAGAUGAAGAGCACAGGGAUAGCAGUGACCAUCACUGAUCCAGGAACGCUAAUGCCAUGUGACAUGAUUAUCCAUAUUAAUGCAGAGGAGAAAAAAACUAGUUGGAAAUCCAAAUUUCUGAUGGCAAUGGACAAAGCUAAUCAAAAAAGUGCAAAAUCAGUAGCAUUUCCUGCACUGGGCACAGCUUUAAGUAGCUCUCCUGAGAAAACAGCCAGCAGUUUUGUAGAUGCUUUGAUAGAGUUCAUAGGACAGGAUCCUGACAGUGUAACAGAAGUCCAUAUGGUGGUAUUUGAACAACCAAUGUAUCAAAAAUUCAUCUCAACCAUGCAAGCCACUUUUCAGCAACACCAAAAGAAGUCAGAUUCCUGGUUCCAUAAUCUUUGGGGAAGAAAAAGCACCAAAUUUGAAUGGAAUCCAAAAAUCAACAUCCUGCAUCGAGACCUAUCACGUUUCCCAAUAAUGGUGUAUGGGUCUAAUCUGAGGAAGAUAGCUGAUGCCAUUUCUGAUUUGGAAUCAGUCAUUGAGAAAAAUUUCAGAGAAAAAAUAUUCCAGGAGGAUAUUAUAAAGAGCUUCACCAAGUCACAGGAACAGCAAAUAAAUGAUUUAGCUCAAGCUCAUGGUAUUGAAGUGAAAGUUGAAACACGUAUCGGGAGAAUACGACUGAAUGGCCUUCUAGAGAAUAUCAGUGAUGCAUCUGAUGAGCUAAAUAAGUUGAUCAGAGAUUGCGAAAAAAGGAAAAUGAAGGAACAGGAAGCAGCCCUGAUAGGAGACAUGGUCCAGUGGCACUUCAUGCUUGUAACAGGCGUGGGAGAGAAACUUGAAGAAUAUCCUCCAGACAUCAAUGCUUUGUUAGAGAAGGCAUUCAAAGGCCAAAAAGAUCAGGUGAAAUUUGCUGAUAAUGCUAGAAAUAUGUAUGUAGUGGACUUUCGUACAUUGGAAGAAUUUCCGGAAAAUGAUCCUGUCGAUAGAGUGAAGGUUAUCAGGAAGUGCAAAAUGGCAGAUACAACAUUUGAGGCACCAUCUGAUUGGUCUUCUGUGAAUGAUAAAGAUAACCUCAGUGUGGUAGUUAUACCACAAUCUGACCCUACAUUUACUAAAGUUCAAAAACAGUUUCUGGCGUCAGUUGGAUCAAAAACAGUGAUAAAGAUUGAGAGGAUACAAAACAGAACCCUUUAUCAGCAAUACAUUGCCAAGAAAAGAUUAGUAGACACAGAAAAUGCUCAUAUUUCCGAAAAUGAGAAAAUGCUUUGGCAUGGAACUGCUGCUGAGACAGUAGACAGUAUCAACUCGCAUGGUUUUAACCGCAGCUAUUGUGGUAAAAAUGCUACUGCAUUUGGAGAUGGAGUUUACUUUGCUGUCAAUGCUAAUUACUCUGCCUCCACAACAUAUGCCAGGCCUGACCUAAAUAAUCACCAGAGGAUGUACCUGUGUAAGGUGAUAACAGGAGAGUUUACACAAGGAAAACGUGGCAUGAGAGUUCCACCUCUUAAGAAGGCACCACACAUACUGUAUGACUCAGUUGUGGACACUCCAGCCAAUCCUGGGAUGUACAUCAUUUUUAAUGAUACUCAGGCUUAUCCUGAGUAUCUGAUAACAUUCCAGUGACCUGGAAUAUGUAAUUUGACAUUUGAGUGACCUGGGAUAUGUAAUUUGACAUUUGAGUGACCUGGAAUAUGUCAUUUGACAUUCCAGUGACCUGGGAUAUGUAAUUUAACAUUUGAGUGACCUGGAAUAUGUAAUUUGACAUUUGAAUGACCUGGGAUAUGUAAUUUGACAUUCAAGUGACCUGGGAUAUGUAAUUUGACAUUUGAAUGACCUGGGAUAUGUAAUUUGACAUUUGAGUGACCUGGAAUAUGUCAUUUGACAUUUGAGUGACCUGGGAUAUGUAAUUUGACAUUUGAGUGACCUGGAAUAUGUCAUUUGACAUUCCAGUGACCUGGGAUAUGUAAUUUGACAUUGAAGUGACCUGGGAUAUGUAAUUUGACAUUUGAAUGACCUGGGAUAUGUAAUUUGACAUUCCAAUGACCUGGGAUAUGUAAUUUGACAUUUGAGUGACCUUGAAUAUGUCAUUUGACAUUCCAGUGACCUGGGAUAUGUAAUUUGACAUUUGAGUGACCUGGAAUAUGUAAUUUGACAUUUGAGUGACCAGGGAUAUGCAAUUUGACAUUCUAAUGACCUGGGAUAUGUAAUUUGACAUGUGAGUGACCUGGAAUAUGUCCUUUGACAUUCCAGUGACCUAGGAUAUGUAAUUUGACAUUUGAGUGACCUGGAAUAUGUAAUUUGACAUUUGAGUGACCAGGGAUAUGCAAUUUGACAUUCUAAUGACCUGGGAUAUGUAAUUUGACAUGUGAGUGACCUGGAAUAUGUCCUUUGACAUUCCAGUGACCUAGGAUAUGUAAUUUGACAUUUGAGUGACCUGGAAUAUGUAAUUUGACAUUUGAGUGACCAGGGAUAUGUAAUUUGGCAUUGAAGUGACCUGGGAUAUGAAAUUUGACAUUUGAAUGAUCUGGGAUAUGUAAUUUGACAUUUGAGUGAUCUGGGAUAUGUAAUUUGACAUUGAAGUGAUCUGGGAUAUGAAAUUUGACAUUUGAAUGACCUGGGAUAUGUAAUUUGACAUUUGAGUGAUCUGGGAUAUGUAAUUUGACAUUUGAGUGACCUGGGAUAUGUCAUUUGACAUUUAAUUACCCAAAAUAUCUGCAGGAAAAUCAGUGUAUACAAUAAGAAUUAUCAAAGUUUGAUUUCAUAACUCCUAAAUUUCCUAACCAAAUAAGCAUGGUGCAGACAGUGACUUAUUUAAUGAUGUACAUGUAAUGUGAGAUUUCUUGGUUCCUCUAAUUGCUGCCUAAUUCAGACACAUACAUAAAAACAAUUUACGCUGGAGUAUAACAUACAGUGGGGAUUGUUUUAUAAUUCUUAAUUGUUAUUUCAUGAUGAUAAAGUCAAUGUUACCGUCAAAUCUAUCAUGUAUGAUAGUUGAUCAAAGUAAACAUAAUGAAAAUUAUAGAUAUUUGUAUCAAAAAGUUUCUGUUUACACUUCCAUUUUAAUUUUAAUGAUUUUAGGAAUUUGUUUCUCAGUCAGCUAAGCUUGUAAAUGACAAUAUUAUCAAAGGUCUGUGGUUCAGCUGCAUAUUCAAAGCAUCUGGUGCCAGUUUUUUUCAAAAAGUGAAUCAAAUACAUGAUACAUAUUACAACUCAAAAUAAACUAACAUGAACAAAAAAAUGUCUUUGAAAAAACUGAUAUGCUAUUUACUAUUGUUAGAAAUAGACUGCAUGAUUUAGAAGUCACUAUUGUUAUCAUUAUUAUAAAUAAUGGUAACUAGAAUUAUUAUUUCUUUUAGCUUUGUUUGAAUAAAAAUUAGGAAAUAUUUCAGAAAGAACGUAUUUAAAAUUCAAAUUGAUAAAUGUUUAAAAUCAAACAUUGGAGUCAUGUGCUAU